ACCGAUUGAGGUGGGAAGAAGGAGAAGAGAUGGGUGUGAUCAGAGGGGAGAUAUGUCACGAGGCUCCGGUGGAAGCUCCGGCGAGUGUGGUGUGGGAAUCGUACCGAGGGCUUGAGCUUGGCCGGCAGAUAAAUGAGUUGAUGCCUCAUCUCAUCGGCACCGUGGAGGCCGUCGAGGGUGAUGGAUCUGCCGGCACCGUUCUCAAAAUCACUUCUCCUCCAGGAACUCCGGGAAUCGGGUAUAUGAAAGAAGUGUUCAGAAUCAUGGACGACGAGACGCGUGUGAAGGAAUCGGAUACGUUGGAAGGUGGUUACCUGCAUCUUGGGUUUGAUCGUUACACUGUACGAUUUGAGGUUAUUUACAACGAUUCUCAGCUGGAUCAUAGUGUUAUCAGGUCGACAAUCAUGUAUGAGAUCAAGGACGACUCGAAAGCUCAGCUUAUCUCCCUACUCUCCAUCAAGCCUCUUAUCACUAUUGCUCAAGUCAUCGGUGAUCACAUAAUCAAGAACCGCAACCGGUAACUUACCAUUUUUGCGAACUAUGCAAAAAGGGUUGGGUGGUUUGGUGUAAUACAUGAUAAACAUGUUUCUUUCAAUAAGAUGUUUGGUUUGACAUAGA